CGCCAAACAGCCCUCCGUCCCCGACCCUUCCGCCGAGCACCCAGCCCCCUACACCCCCUCCAGCCCAUCUCCUGGUGCCAAGCCAAUCGUCCUUGAAAGGCAUUCUACUCGUAAUACUCCACAAUGCAGACAAUCAAGUGCGUAGUCGUCGGUGAUGGUGCCGUAGGCAAGACCUGUCUCCUGAUCUCGUACACCACCAACAAGUUCCCGAGCGAAUAUGUCCCUACUGUGUUCGACAACUAUGCCGUCACCGUCAUGAUUGGAGAGGACCCGUAUACGCUAGGCUUGUUUGAUACUGCAGGUCAGGAAGAUUACGACCGGCUGCGGCCCUUGUCCUACCCGCAAACGGAUGUCUUCCUCGUCUGCUUCAGCGUGACGUCGCCCGCGUCGUUCGAGAACGUCAAGGAGAAGUGGUUCCCAGAGGUCCACCACCACUGUCCAGGCGUGCCCUGCCUCAUCGUCGGCACGCAAGUCGAUCUCCGCGACGACGGCCAGGUCAUCGAGAAGCUCGCCCGCCAGAAGCAACGGCCCGUCACGAGCGAGCAGGGCGAGCGUCUCGCACGCGAGCUCGGCGCCGUCAAAUACGUCGAGUGCUCCGCGCUCACGCAGAAGGGCUUGAAGAACGUGUUUGACGAGGCCAUCGUCGCAGCGCUCGAGCCGCCCGUUGUGAAGAAGAAGCCGAAAUGUGUUAUUGCCUGAGGGAAAAAAUAUGCGGAUUAGCACACAUAUAUUGACUCGGGCCCUUCAUUUCCACUUUUUUUCUGCAUGACGAUUUCUGUGUUGUUGCACGAUCGAUGCCCCCCGUUCACCACCCGCCUAACGACCCCUUUCUCUCUUUUCUUUUCUCUCCGGCUCGGCUCGUCGUAAUCUCAAUCUCAACCUCUUUUUAACGAACCACUCACGCUUCUUCUUCUUCCCUCCGCCCACGCCCUAUCGAUCGUGCCUCAUAUAUCCCUUUUUUCCGUCUUUCUCUGCGCGUUCUCAUGUUUUUCCCCUUUCCUGUCUUUUUAUACUCUUCUUUUUUCCCUCCCCCAACCUGUGUUUGCGUUGUGCGUUAGGUUGGCUGGUCGGACCGCACUAGAAGGAACUCUUGGACCAGUUACCCCCCCUGCGACCAGCCCAGUUCCGGUUCCAGUUCCAGUCACUGUUCCAUUCACUGCCCCAGUCCUGGAUCUUAGUACCUCCUCACCCCACCCGUAACCGUAAUGACACCGGUCGGUGCUCGUGCGCUGACCGUCUUUCUGCCUGCGUGCGGCGUGUUUUUGGUCGAUGUUCGUCGGCAUUUUAGAGUGGCGACUUGUGGCCUGCUUUGAGGCGCUCGGCUAAAGGGCGCUUGUGAGCGUGCGGGGUGGCGGUUUUGUGUCGUGUAUGUGCGUGCGAUGCGUACGCUCGUUCGUUCGUUCGUUCGUUCUGCGUGUGCAUGGGUGUUUUCUUGUCGCCGUCAUUGGAGUUCAUGUGUCAAUAAGGCGGUGGUCGCGGUGGUUUGGUUCCCUUGGUCGCGGUCACGGUUGAGGGCUUUUCGAGUUCAAGUUCAACCAAGUUCAGGUUCACGGUUUUCUUCUUAACGUACAACACAUACACACUUGCCCUCCUUUUUUUGUCUCCGCGCUUUCGUUUCGUCUUUGGAAGCGCGCGUAUACGGCUUUUUCUUGCAUAUAUGGGGGAGAGGAUUAUGAAGAGUAUACAUACGUACGUAGUUAUAGUUGGGAUAUGAGAUAUGGAUCUUGCGCUCAUGAUCAUUAGUAGCUAUAGAUGUCGUGGGGUGGGGUAGAUGGAAAAUAAUUGAGGUUUGG